AUGACUAUUGCUGCAUAUGCGUAUGAAACAAAUGAAGCAAGAAGAGCACAUGAACUAGUAAACGAAAACUCAACUUUAACCAUUGAAGGCAAUGAUUUAGUCAUUGACGAUGGAAAAACUAAAAAAGUCAUUGAUUUCGAUACUUUUAACACUUAUGACCCAUUUAUUACAACAAGCAAGGUUCCCAUCAUAAAUGAUGGAACGGUGCAAUAUAUAAAUUCUACAGUAGAUGCCUCAAUAGUGAAAGUACUGAAUGUUCUCAUUGAAUUGUUAAAAAGCUUUCGAUUUGACGACAACAUUAAAUGCCUAAAGAAUUUAGUCAUGAAUGAGAAACAAAUUCUCGGCGUUGCUGGUAGCAGUAAUGAUGUACACCUUAUGACAUUAGAAUAUUAUAACGAACAUAAAGAUGAACUGAAAGGAGAGAAGGGUGACACCGGACCACAAGGAAUACAAGGACCACAAGGAAUACAAGGAAUACAAGGACCUCAAGGCGAAAACGGUUUGGAUGGAAAGGAUGGAAAGGAUGGAAAAACUGCUAAAUCAUGGAUAUGGGACCUUAUAAAUACUGGUUUAACAGCUGCUUCAUAUGGAGUUCUUCAAUACCAAAUCGGAAAGAUAUGGGCAGUACUUGGUGAAGAAGCUUUAGAUGACGUUAAAAAUGCUUUGAACUUCAUUUCAAAUGGUUCUGAUACUAUUAAAACUUUAUCUGUUUGGAUGCAAGAAACAAGGAGUCAAAUAGAUACUGUAAGACGUAUAGCAAACAAUGCACGUACGGA